GGAGAAAAUUGCCUGCUGGGUUUAUUCACAAGAAAAUUGAAUUAAAUCUCUCUCGGGCGGAGAAAAAGAGCGAGGAGCUGGACGGUGCCAGGAGAAGCAAGAAGAAAUCAGUGGGACUUUCCCGUCGCCCCCACGAGAGCAGGUGGCCGAGGUGUUUUUCCAGCACCAGGUGACGUGAAGAUCUCCGGCCGCCCCAGAACAUCACUUUUGUCUCAAAGGAUUACAGUCUGUUCGUGAAAUGGUCGCCGCCUGAUGGUUCCCCACCGGGAGUGUCUUAUACUGUCCUUUGGAUGGAUCCUUUUGAUCGUCAUUGGGAGGAAGUGCAGCAUUGCCGAAAUAUCACUGAAACCAUUUGCAAUAUUACGUGUGUGUUUCAAGAACCAAGCAACCGAUACUGGGUCAAGGUGGAAGCUCAGAGCAGAAUCGGGGCUGGAUUCAGCCCAUCGGCACCUGAAAUCAUCGAUUACAUCCUUCAGGUGCAACUUGCUCCUCCAGUUCUCAGAGCAAAUUAUACCAGAAAUAUCCUUGGCGUGAAUGUUUCUUUCACCUACCCUUCUUGUAUGAAGGACGUCUUUGAACAUCUGACAUAUGAUUUGGAGAUUUGGAGAGUUGGAUUCCAGGAAUUGGAAUUGGAGAAUGAUGUUACACUAAUUUCUCCUCUCUUGCAGAAGACAUUCGAGGACACUCACGAGCCUUCAGUGGAGAUCAACACAACAGACUGGCUCUCUGGUGAACACUGUCUUCGUGCCCGAACAUCCUUUAGAAAUGGGGACAGGAAGCGAAGCAAUUUUUCGGAACCACUUUGCCUGUGGUUGCAUGAAGAAGGUGCAGGAGGAGUCAAAGUAGGAAAAUGGGAAAACGUUGCCAUUCCUUUGCUUGCUAUAUUGGUUACCGGUGUUGUGAUGCUUCUCUUCUUCUACUGGUACUACAAACACAUGAGCGAGCAAGUUGAGAUGCCUUCAGCUUUGGAUUUUUCUAAGUACCAGCACCCAAAGAACCUGCUGAAAUUUGAUGAAAGGAAGUUGACCGAAAAAAAUAACCACUUUAUUCUGGAACAAAAAAUUGCACCUGCCCUGUUAACUCUUUCAAUGGAUUCUUUAUCAAAAGAAAGUGAAGAGAGCGAUGACGAUGAGGAUGAUAGUAGUAGCCGCAUUCCUUACACUGAAACACUUCGAUUCCAGAAGAACGAUGAAAACUGCUCAAGAGUUGGCACCUUUCCAACAUGUUACGACUCUUCUUCUGGAUCUGGAGAUUCUCAGCUAAGUGGAGAAAGCUGGCCAGCUGCAAGGACAUCAAGGCCCUUUUUCACAGCAGAAUGGAUGACAACAGAUGCUUCCUCUGGACUCUUAGAGAAGACUUUCCUUUCUGAGGACUCCAUUAUGGAUGAAUCGGUUAGCUUUGCUGAUGACUUCUCAGCUGCCGGUAGAGAAGAUCAAGAAAUUACAAAUAGAGAUAUCGACUUUUUGAACAAGUUAAUGUUCUCAGAAAGUCACGACUUCCACUUUUCCACAGGUUUGGAAAUCAGAACUGGAGGAGUCCAAUGCAGAAGCAUUUGUGCAAGUCUAAAAAACUCACAGACAUCUCUUUGUAGUGAGCCCGAAGGGCAGGUUAUAGAUGAAUGGAGAUGUGAAAAUGACUCUAGCAAUUGUGAGGCUCACCAGCUGGAAAAAUCUAUGCUUGAUGUAUCUUGUAAAGACAGGGUUGAAAAUGGAGAAUGGGUUGAAAACAAUACUCUGAAAUCUACAGGCCACAAUGAUCAACCCAGACAAGGACAUUACAUUUCAAGAACCUGAUGCCAGUUACUGGUAUGUAUUCUAAGAGUAGAGAAUCUCUUACCAUGAUUUUUCUAAAAAGUUCCUUUGGUGAGAAGUUGCACUUUCAAAACCCCAGAAGAAUUCUGUUCGGAAUUGGAAUGAACCAAAGAGGACAUUCCUUCUAUGUCUAGGUUGCCAUAUUCUUCCAUUACAUCUCAUCUUUAAAAACAAAACAAAGCAAAACCGGAACAGGGGUUUUCAUUGGUGAUUUUGUCGUGGAAAUUAGAAUUUUCCUAUGGAGAAUUGGAAUUCUUGGAAAAGUGAGUGUUCUUUCCCAACUGAAUAUUGGGAUGUUCAGCUUAAAAAUGUCUAUCAUAUUUUGGAUCUCCAUAUCCAUUUCUCCAUUUGUGAAUAGUUGGAUCUGUUUUCCCCAUCUGAAAUAGAUGGGGAAAACAGUGAAUUCCAAUCAGAACCGUAACUAGUCGUUUACAGAUUUCUUUAGUGUCCACAAAUUGGUUUAAGCUUGCUGACACCGAUAUGUGAAUAAAUAACAGUUCAGUCUGGGAUCAAGAAUUGAGAACAAGAAAUACAGAAGAUUCUUGUGGAACUGUUAAGCAUUGCAUUAUGGGAGCUAAUCUAGACUGGUGCUGUUCUUUUAAGCUGAAAGGCCCACUUUCUAGAAUUAAGGAAGGGAUAAAGAUAAUCUCUCCCUCUUUAGAGAAAGUUCUUUCAACCGCACACUAGGCCCUGAUAACUUUUUUUCAUCAACUCGUUGCAAAGACAAGGGAAAAAAAUAUCAGAUAUGCUCUUUAUUGUGCAAUUGUCUGCACACAAACUUGGAUCUAAGUUUAUAUUGAAGUGAACCACCAAUAAAGGAAAAUACCUGUAGCUCAGGAUUGAAAUGAGGGGGUCCUUGGUGCACUCUGAGCUUGCUUUUUUUUUCCUUGCAGGCAUUUCAUCACCCAAUUAGAUAACAUCAUCAGUGCUAGUCAUGCUAGUGCUGCUAGAUGCUAGUGAUGCUAUCACUGAUGAUGGUUUGGGCAAUGAAAUGCCUGCAAGAAAAAAAAAGCAAGCUCAGAGGGCAGCAAGGGCCCCCUAACUGUGAAGUAUUUCAAACCAAGAGCCACUUUCAGAUUCUAAAUAUUUUUAUAGAAUGUCUUUGUGUUAUAUGCCUUCAUUUAUAUCUCAUAUUGAGAUUGCCAUGCUGUGUCUCUCAUUGGUUGGGGCAACAAAAUUCAUGGACCAUUGUAGUUCAGAGUUGAACUGUGGGCUCUUUGGUGCCCUCUGAGUUGAUUGUUUUCUGCAGACAUUUCAUUACCAAACUAGGUAACAUCAUCAGUACUACGGCUAGUAGUGAUGAUGUUACCUAGUUUGCUAAUGAAACUAGAAAACAACCAAGCUCAGAGAGCACCAAGGACCCCACAACUAAGGGUCCACUUUACUGACUUCUUUGCAGAACAGGUUUUUAUUUAUUUAAUGUAUUUAUUUAGAAAAUGUAUAAGGCCGCCCAGUCCACUCGCUCUCAGUGACUCUGUGUGGCUUACAAAAAAUAAAAAUCCCCAUAUACAACAAUAAAAACAAUGACCUCUUUUACAAUAAAAACAAAAGCCUCUUUGACAGCUUUUCUGCUCUGUCAAAUUCAUAUCCCAAUUUUAACUAAAUGACCUGAAUAUAAAAAUGAUAAUUGGUUUAGAGGCAGAAAGGGAGAUGAUUGGAGUUGUGUUCCUUUUCACAACAAAAAAUUCUCUGCACAUCCUAAGCAUGGGACAUACUUUGUCGAACACUUCUGUUUUUUCCAGCACUUUCUUGACUGACUAUGCCAGAGGUCUCCAAACUUGGCAACUUUAAGCCUGGCGGACUUCAACUCCCAGAAUUCUCCAGCCAGCUGGCUGGGGAAUUCUGGGAGUUGAAGUCCGCCAGGCUUAAAGUUGCCCACCCCUGGACUAUGCAGGGUUUCAUGGUCCGUGAUUGUUCUAAGAAUACAAAGAAACAACCAUGUAUGCAGAGAGCCUUCCCUAUAUAAAGGUCAUUUUUUUUUCUUGGAAAAAAGGAAGAAUGGAAAGAAAGAUGAACCAUCUCUCCCAUUGUUUCAGAAGUGAGGUAGAUCUUUUUCUUGAGCAAGGAUGCAUUCUUAGCAUUCCCUACAAGAGGUCUCUGCUCAGGGGUGGGCUUCAAAAAUUUUAGCAAGGGGUUCCCUGCCCGGUUGCUGGGUUGGCAUGGCUACGGUGGGCGUGGCCUAGUCAGCCUCCUGCACCACGGCGGAGAGGGGGUGUUUUUGCCCUCCCUAGGCUCCAGAGGCUUCCUUCGAGCCUCUGGGAGGGCGAAAACGGCCUCCCCAGGCUCCGGAGGCCCUCUGGAGGCUGGAACCGGCCUUCCCGAACUUCUGGUAGGCCUGUUUUUCACCGUCCCUGAGCCUCCGCGCGCACACUGCGCUUACCUGCAUCCAAAACGGGCCACAUGGGGACUCCUGGGAGGGGCGGGGCAGGGUAGGCGGGGCCAGCCAGGAGUGGGAUUUGGGAGUUCCCCGAACUGCACAGAAUCUUAGCUAGAGGUUCUCCUGAACCCCUGCGAACCCCCAGCAGCCCACCCCUGUCUCCGCUCAUGGCAAAGACCCAGAAGAUAGCCUUGGUUAGAUCCGUGGAGAAAAGAGAUUGCAUUCCUAUCUGAGACUAUUUAAGGCCUUAUUGGUCAAUCCACCUGGUGCUAUAGUUAAACCAGGGUGUUCAACUUAGACAACUUUAAGAGUUGUGGACUUCAACUCCCAGAAUUCCCCAGCCAGCCCCUCCCAGAAUUCUGGGAGUUGAAGUCCACAAGUCUGAAAGUUGCCAAGCUUGAAGAAGCUUUGUCAGGGGGUGUCAGGGUGUGAUUUCAUCCAAUGUUAAUUCCUGUUGUAACCUAGGAGGUGAUUUUGAUCAGUUUAGAAUACACCGGAUGCUCCUCUUGCUCAUGUCUCAAGGGGAGACACCCUUUCCUUAUCUAAAACUGCUUUUCAGCGUCUCUUUUAAUUCUUCCUCACCAAGCUGAAGUCAUGGGAAAUCACCAUCCUUACCUGUCUUCCUUUAUUGGGUGUCUACUAGAAGUUUUGAUCUCUCAAAGUUCCCCAAUUAACCUGUCUAAGAGAGUCAGAGGAUACCAGGUUGGAGACGUGGCCCCAUACGCACUUACGACAUUUUAACAGAGUUUACUUAAGGGAUUUUAUUGCAAUAAAAUUUUACGUGCAAAUACGUAUUUCAGCUAACUCUUGAAAUCCCUCUUAUUGACAGUAUUGGCUUGCUUCACUGGAGCAACAGUUUCUUCCUACAUGAAUAGGCUGGCAACUACCCUUUGUAUCUUAAACAAGACAGUAUUAUUAAGUUAACCAAACCUAAGUUCAUUGAUAAAUACGACUGCAACUAGAACUCUGCAUGGACUUUCCAAAUGUUGGGAUCAAGACAUGAGUACAGUCUAAAGCAGCGUUUCUCAACCUUGGCCAUUGUAGGACUCCAACACUGGAGCUCCAACACUGGAGGACAAUCAUUUGUCUGAAAUGACAUUGGGUUUCCUGCUUAAGCAGAAGUUUGCACUAGAAGACCUCCAAGAUUCCAAUUCUAUUAUUUUGUUAAGACUUUGACUUCCACAGCAAGGCUGGCUGGGAAAUUCUGGGAGUUGAAGUCCACAUAUCUUAAAGUGGCCAAGGUUGAGAAAACACAGGUCUAAAGGGAAGUGUUGGUCUUGGGAGGCAUUAGACUAGCUUUACCUACCGUGUUUGUUUCCCCAAAAAUAAGACCCUGUCUUAUAUUUUUUUGAACCCUGAAAAUAAGGGCUUGGCCUUAUUGCCAUGCGCUCAAAAGCCUGAUUGGGCUUAUUAUCAGGGGAUGCCUUAUUAUGGGAGAAACAGGGUAUUGAUUUUGAAGAAAGUAUUCAGAGGGACAGGCUCCCUUUAGGGGGAAAUUCAAAAAAAUUCAACAAAGCCCUACCCUUUUUAUCUAGGUGCAAUGUAGGUGCUUCCAUAAAUUCCAUAAUUUCAUAUUUUGUGCUCAUGAAUAUAACUUGGUGAACAAACUGCCCAAAUUAAUUUUCUAAAAUGCAUUAAAAAGACUCCUGCACACUAACGGGAGUUCUUUGAGCAAGUUGAUUUGAAAUAAAAGAGUCCUCAUAAUUGCAGUGAUUUAUUUUUGUACAUCUUUCUUCUUGUUUACGUAUACACACUUUUUUGUGUGUAUACAUCAUUGUAUUGUUAAUUGUACUGUUUAUAAAUACAAAUUUUAAAAUGCAUAGGUGUGUUUAUA